CCAAUCAACGGUCGAACAGCAUGGCUCCAUGCAAUCACCGGAUUCCUGGUUGUCUUCAACUGUUGGGGCAUAGGAAAUUCUUGGGGAAUCUUUCAAAACUUUUACGAAAUUCUUCUUCCAGACGCCAAUCCCUCGUCCAUUGCAUGGAUUGGGAGUACUCAGAUUGCACUGGUCUUUGGACUCGGCUUGCCUGUAGGGAGGCUUGUCGACAAAGGCUAUUUUCACUCCGUCUUCCGGAUUGGCACCUUUCUGAUGGUGCUUGGCGUCUUCAGCACGGCGUGGUGCAAUCAACUGGCAACUCUGUGGCUUACGCAAGGCCUCAUCACUGGCACGGGCAUGGGAAUGGUGCUCUGCGCAGGCAUUAUCGCAGUGAUGACCUGGUUCGACCACACCACCAUGGGGUCCGCCAUGGCCUUGGCAGCAGCAGGAAGCUGCGUUGGUGGGAUUGUGUACGUUGUUCUUGCUCGAACCCUGUUGGCGUCAAGUGGCUUUGCGACGACAAUGUGCGUCUUUGGAGCUGUGGUCGUGGGAACGAUGAUUCCUGCAAACCUCGUCUUCAAAAUUCGCGGUCAAGCAAAGAAGGGUGACAGCACGCGCAAGACAGCGACCGAAAAGGUUCCGAUGUCCUGGACUAUAUUUACCGACCCUGCCUACGUGCUCGCCGCAUUUGGCAUGUUCUUCGCCUUCAUGGGAGUAUACUUCGGCUUCGUUUACAUUGUUUCUUACGGAGCCACAGUACUUCGCCUUUCCCCAACGGCAUCGACGAACCUCCUCAUAUACAUGCUGACCGCGAACCUACCUGGACGAUUCGUGCCGGCUUUGAUCAGCGACAAGUGUAUUGGGCCUCUCAAUACGAUGAUUCCCAGCCUGUUCCUCAGCAGCGCCGUGCUCUUCCUUUGGGCCGCCAGCGAGCAAACCAAAGCCAGUUUGACGGUCAUAGCAGUCUAUUAUGGCUUCAUGAGUGCGGGUGCACAGAGUGAUAUUCGACAGGACACAGUGGACUCCGAGCGAUUGGGAUUGAGAGCUGGGGGAAUCUUCACAUGCAUGGGGCUCGCAACGCUGGUCGGGACUCCCAUCGGCGGUGCAUUGAUCUCCUUUCGAACGUCGCGGAACAUGACAUCGCCGUACUUGGGGGCUCAACUCUUCGCGGCUGUAUCUUUGCUGUUGGGUGGCAUCUUCCUGCUUGCAAGCCGAGUCGCGAAAAUUGGCUGG